AUGGCGGGAGCACAGCGAUGCACCAUCUGCCAAUUUGCAAUCUCUGAAGAAGAUAUCAUCGAAGGUCGGUACUGUAUCUGGGAUAUCGCAGAAGCGACGAAAUAUGAGUACAUGCCUAGUCCUCGGCAGCUGGAAAUUCGCCAACGCAAACUUAGGUCCCUUAUGAGUACAGAGCUAUUGAAACAUUAUGCGCAUUUAGAACGGAAUUUGCCAUUAGAGCUCUGGGACAUUGUUGCACAUUAUCUAAUACCGCACUUUACGUCGGCGAACCUACAAAGUCAGUGGGAACCUAGACCGGAGCCCAGCUAUGCCAGCCUAUCAAGGGGCAUAUGGUGCAAGUACGUUGAUUUUGAGGGUACUCGAUAUAUAUCAGCAUUCUCCAAUAGACCCGGCAGUGAUGAUUGGGAGCUGAUAUUCCAACCUUCUCGUGAACGAGUUGUCGACGUAUAUGCGGCGGAGAACCACUUCGGCAUCACAAAAUUACUCUUCUCUACCCCCGAUAACUCGCCAAAUGUCGAUGAGGCUGAAGGAAUCUGGUGGCGCAAAAGUCGUGUCAAUGAAGAAAGAUUGAGUAUUCGCGGAUCCUCAGAUGGCAUUAAACUUCGUCGUCUGUUGGAUGUAGAGAACGAUGUUACUGCAUGGAGCGUCCCGAAAUCCAAUAGCGUCCGAUUCGAGCAUCUUACCCCCAGUUAUUUCAUCAAGCUUCCAGAUCGAAUGGCAUCGCUCGCUUGCAACCGCCCUUCAAUCGUUGGUUAUACUAUUCUCUGGGAUGUAGGAUUGACCAAAUUUCAUGCUCACCGGAGAGGUGAAGCUGGAUUCAAGUACCAGUCCAGCGCCUAUAAAUCCUGGCUACAUAUGCCAGUCGAUCCUGGCGAGGUUAUCACUGAAGUCUGGCUGCGCCAGAGUUUAAGACGUCGCGAGAGAGCUCUAGGGGUAAUUUGA